AUGCUCUUGAGUGCCCGGGACAUAACGGCACAGGGCACCACGGCGGCACAGCCGACGACGGGGCCACCCCGCAACAAGACGCCCAUCUACAUUGCGGGUUUCUUUCCCUUCGAAGACUAUUUUAACAGCGUGAUGGUGAACUCCACACAGAUUGCCAUAGACCACGUGAAUGAAUUCGAGGGACUGUUAGCAGACUACGAGUUGAAGAUGAUAUGGGCAUGGGCUCAGUCAAUUGGGGACAGUGGCAAUCCUUCCAUAGCUCCUUCCCUGCACGCCACCUACGACUUCAUCUAUAACCAACCCCAGUUCUUGAUGACAUGGGGACCCGUCUAUUCCCGGACGGGACAGACUCUCAAUCAGGUCGUACAACGCUACAACUUGGUUCAGGUCUGCAUCGCACAGUUUGUCUCCGAUGAGCACCACGUGGAGAAGUAUCCACUGACGGUCCAAAUCUACCCGAGCUCUGGCGUCUUCAACCCCGCCAGGAUCGUCCUCAUGCAGCAGAUGCAGUGGCAGAAAGCCGCAAUCAUCUUUGAGAAUUUCGACUUGUUUAGAUUGGAAAUGGAGGAACUGGUUGGGCUCUUUUCGGCAAAUAAUCUGAGCAUAAUAACUCUGGAAGCUAUAACGGGAGAUAACCCCCGGGCUAACGUCGACAAUCUUGAGAAACACGAUGCAAGAAUUAUAUUUGCCACUUUCUACCAGGAGAUGGCAGUCAAAGUAUUUUGUGAGGCUUACCGUAGAGGUAUGUACGGUGACAAGUACGUCUGGAUACUGUUGGGUUGGUACAGUCCGGCACGCUGGUGGGAGCAAGAAGUACGGAAACUCAAGGAGAAAAACGCAGAUACCUGCGAGGUCGAACAGAUCGAGAAGGUCGUAGAGGGUUCACUCAGCAUACGGGGAUUCGAAAUCCAGCAGAAUAUGUCUCAAAUCAACUUCAAUGGUGUGCAUCCGAAGAAGAAUCACCUUGAGUUCUACAAGUAUUUGCAAGAUCAACUGCUUACAGCCGGUGCGUGUGAUUCGUACGCGUACGACCAGAUCAUCACAAUUGCAUUAGCCCUUAAUGCUUCCAUCGAACCUCUAGCAAAGAUGGACCCACCGAAACGCCUAGAGGACUUCAGUUACGACAAUGCGCAGAUGGCAGGCGUGUUCCGUGAGAAGGCCGCCUCAGUGGACUUUGUUGGGCUCACGGGACGUGUGGCAUUCGAUCGUUUUGCCGCAAGAGAGAGCAAAGCUGUCGUGCAGCAAAUACAGGGCGGUAACAUAACGCAAAUAUUUGUGUACGACUCCUCACAGAAAACAGUUGCGAACAUCACAAGCUUUAUUUGGGGCGGAGGUUUUGUUCCAGUGGACGGACCAACGGUCACAUACACCCCCUUAAAGAUAUCCCAACUUAUUAAGAUCGUGGUGUACGUACUGUCUGGCGUUGGGGUAGCUGUCUCUGUUAUUUUUCUCUGCCUCAACAUGCGAUUCAAAAAUAGCAGUGCAAUCAAAAUAUCCAGUCCGCAGCUGAAUAACAUGAUCGCCUUAGGUAGUAUGCUUCUUUACGGGUCAACUUUCCUCUACGCACUCAAGAUCGAAGUCAACGAAGAUAUCACUAGAUACACAGUGUAUUGUCAGCUGUCGUCCGGUAUACUGUGUGUUGGUCUAUCGCUGGCUUUUGGCGCCCUUUUCAUGAAGACGUUCAGGGUCCACCAUAUUUACACGAGUGCCAUGAAAUUAAGAAAGUCGCGAGCAACCAUUACUGAUUCUAAACUCAUGUCUGCCAUUGGGUUAUUCGUCGUAGUAGACGCCAUCAUCUUCGGUCUCUGGAUGUACUUGGACCCAGUAGUACUCGUACAGGACGAGUUGCAAAGAAGGACUAUUAACAAAGCUAAAGAAAUCUACGACAGUCAGAUCUUCUACUAUUGUACAUCGAAAGAUGAGAUCUACUACAGCAUUGCCAUCUUUGUCUACAAGGGCGCCCUCUUGAUCUUUGGUAUCUUCCUAGCCUGGUCGACCAGGAAUGUUCGAAUUGCCCAGCUUAACGAUAGUAAAUAUAUUGCAUUAUCUGUGUAUGCCGUCGGCUUGACUUGCGUUUUGACAGUACCGGUGGCAUUCUUCAGUCAUGGGCAGGGAGACAUCGAUUUCGUGUAUGCCUUCGUCUGUGGCGCCCUCCUGUUUGCGAACACGAUCAUGUUGUGCCUAGUUUUCAUACCGAAGUUUAUCUCGUUAAGAAACAACACCGAUGGGGGUCGUCUCAAUACCUUCAUGCCAUCCAACACUUUUACCGUCAGCCAAGACAGGCAAGCCGCGAUUUCCAGGUGUAAAGAACGGCUGCAGGAGAAAACAGCGCGCCUUGAAAGGCUUGUUGAGCAGUUACGGGAGCUGAAGAAAGCGGCACCUGUGCAAUGAACUCCAUGUAUAUCAAGAUUCUAUACAAAGACAGAAUACAGAGACUAUAGAUGAGGUUUAUUCAACGAAACGAAGUGGAAUGAUUUUAGGAAGGCCAAUUAUAUAGCAAUCACUUUUGUGAUUUGUUUUUUAUAACUCAAUUUCAGUUUUGUUUAUAAUAUUACGCAUCAUGUGAGCGAUUCGUGGGAAACAUUCUUAAUUUUUGACCAAAAUAUGUAGCUUCAUAACAUGCUAUAUUAUCCGUAAUAUAUAGCAAUAUGCGUUCUAAUGGCAGACCUUUGGGGACGCUGGUUGGCAGCAGACUUACCAUUGCAGUUCUAUACUGUCUGAAACAAAAAUGGAAAUACACAAUUUUAAUGUCUGCAGCCACCUAGCUUACAAAGUCUUCCAUAAUAAACGUGCCACUUGACGUUCAAGGCACCAAAUGACCUCAGGGAAGUACGAUGGGCUUGCACCUUUUAAUGCGAACUACAACUAGAUCCGUGGUAUUAAAUGACUGUUUGAGUGGAGAUCGUGCGGGUCAUGAAAGUGAGUUGAGAGAGUGAGAAAGAGGUUGUAGGUGAAAAGGGGAGGCGGCAUGGGCGGGGCGUGGGAUAAGAAAAAGCCUCUGAUGUACAAAAAAAAUGAUAACAUGUUAAACGGUAAGUUUUGAACUAUUUAAGGGCACAUCCGUGAGUGUAGUGGACCAUAGUUCGACCCUCGUUGGUUUCAACUGGUGUUUUUGUUUGGUGUUCAUUCGUUUAUAUAGCGUAUUUCAGGUUCAGGUUCAGGGUUAUUUCCAUACCAUUUGUACGUGUACAAUGUAAGGGAAAACUAAUUAUAGAACUUAUAAUAACAGUAUGGGGAGUCAGUAAUCGCUUAGAUUAGAUACUUAAUACAUGCUUUUCAAACCAGUGAUUUCAUUGGAUACAAUGAUUUCAUUGGAUAAUGUGCAGUGACGUUUUUCCAUAUCUGUUUUUUGAUUGGUCCGAAGUGACGUUUGGCAACUGCACCAUCCCCAUGUUAAAAGAAUGUAGGUGAAAGGUGAUUGUGGACUGGGAUUGACGUAUAACCAAAACGGUAACCGAGCUCACAACUCGGUUAUCGUUCAGUCUGAACAGCAGAACCAACGACCAUUAACCGAAACAGUUUUUGGUUACCGCCGCCAAAACGCAUCCCAGAUGUUCAGGCUUUAGUACACCCUGACAACAAGAAUGGCGAAAGAGGGUGCACGGCGAGAAAAGUGAAUGUUCACGUGUACCAACCAACCUGUUUAUACCUUUCUUUUAUUGAUAAACAAACCGCCUUGGUUGGCAUGGUCGGCCG